AUGCCUCGAAGAAUCCCAGAUUACCCAGAUGCAUAUUCAGGUUGGAACUUAGUAUCUAGUUACGAAUCAAUUAUUUCUAUUGUUGCUUCAUUAGUAUUCCUAUAUACUUUAUAUGAUUUAUUAGCUCGACAAGAAUACAACUUAGCCAAUAACUAUUGGUAUGUUCCUCAAUUCUUUAGUAGUUCACGAGCAAUCGGAGCUACUUCUACAGCUACAACUUUAGAGUGGUCAUUAACUAGCCCUCCUUCGUUCCAUACUGUAAAUUCAUUACCUCUUCAAUCUUAA